GGGGAGAAAGUCAGCGAAUGGGGACGGAUGGAUGCUAAAGGUUGUAUGUGGAGUGCAUAACCAUGCAUCCACCGAGUAUCCUGAUGGGCGAUCAUAUGCAGGGAGGUUAUCUGAGCAGGAGACUUCACUCUUGAUAGACUUGUCAAAGAGUUUAGUACGACCCAAAGAAAUCCUGAGCACAUUGAAGCAAAGGGAUGAACUCAAUGCUACAACCAUAAGGACGAUCUAUAAUGCACGCCAAAGACAAAGAGUUAAAGAGAAGGCAGGGAGGUCUCAAAUGCAACAACUGUUAUGUAAGUUGAAUGAGCAUGACUAUGUCGAGUGGCAUAGGAGGUGCCCUAUGUCAGAGAGUGUGCAGGACUUGUUUUGGGCGCACCCUGUGAGUUUGGAGUUGUUACGUGCAUUUCCAACCACUUUGAUGAUAGAUUGCACUUAUAAGACCAAUAGGUACCAUUAUCCCUUACUAGAGGUUGUAGGCGUCACAUCCACUGAUAUACAUUCUCAGUUGCAUUUGUCUUUUUGGAUUCUGAAAAAGAAGACAACUAUAUAUGGGCAUUAAGUAAAUUGCGUGGUGUCAUGGUGGAGUGUCCAAUGCCAAAUGUAAUUGUCACAGACAUGGAUUUGCCAUUGAUGAGAGCCAUUGAGGUAGUAUUCCCUACAGCUAAAAAUCUUUUAUGUAAAUGGCAUAUUAAUAAGCAUGUGUUGGCAAAAUGCAAAAACUUGUUUGAGUCCAAGGAAAGGUGUGAUAGAUUUAUUAUGAAGUGGAACGUACUUGUGAGCUCUCCUACAGAAAAUGAUUACAUACGGGAUCUAGCAGUGUUACAGAGAGAAUUUAGUAUGUACGCUGAGGUCAUGGAGUAUGUUACAAACACAUGGUUGAAUCCUUUCAAGGACAGAUUUGUGUCGGCUUGGACAGACAUGAUCAUGCAUUUUGGUAAUGUAACAUCAAACAGGGCCGAGGGUGUACAUUCCAAGCUUAAGAGGGAGCUUGGUAUGAGCCAGGGGAAUUUUGAGGGUUCUUUUGAGAGUAUACACUCUCUUAUUGAGUUACAGCACACUGACAUAAAGAUAUCUUUUGACAAGUGUUUGACGGUCACACAACAAAGCUUCAAGUCUUCAGAAUUCAAAUAUUUGAGAGGAGUUGUAUCUAUGUUUGCAUUGGAGAAGGUGUUAUCUCAGUCCAAACUAGCCAUCUCAAUUGGUGCUGGUGGUUUAGGAUGUGGUUGUGUCAUACCCAGAACGCAUGGUCUACCUUGUGCCCACGAGAUUGUGAAAUACAAGAGGGAGUGUCGGCCAAUUCCUCUUGAGUCGCUUGACCGCCAUUGGACUAAACUUGAUAUACUACCUCCGAGUUCUGCUCAGGAAUCUAUGGAUGUGAAUGAGUUUCCUGAGUUGGAGCUUGCUUCAACGAUACUUUCUGGAGGCAAAUGCAGAAAAUAGGUUGAUGCUCAGGAAAAGAGUGAGAGAACUUGUAGCACCCUACACAACUAGUCUUGUUGAACCAGGAGUCAAGUCCAGAUUACGAGGUCAACUGAGGGAGAAAAUUGAUAUGUCAACUCAACAGGACCCAUAUGCAUUUGAGUUGAAAUCUGCAUCUGUGUAUAGUCACUCACCUAGCGCAAUGGAUGAUCAGCAAAAUUUUAAACAUAAGCAAACGGAGCGAACCAAGGAGGUGUACCGGACAUUAUCAAUGAAAGGUAUUUCGUAUAUUGAUGCGUUCCCAAUUGGAUUGAGGCCCUUCAUUCAGCAAGUCAAGGAUGUACGUCAUGAUGGUCACUGCGGGUUUAGGGCAGUUGCUGAUUUGGUGGGAUUGGG